AUGAGUUGUCUAAGUUGGAACUGCCGAGGGCUUGGGAACCCUCGGACAGUUAGAGAACUUCACUGUUUGGUGAAGACUAAGGUCCCAAAUUUUGUUUUCCUGAUGGAAACAAAAUGUAAAAGAUCCAAGGUUGAGAAAAUCAAGAGGUUACUGAAUAUGGAAUACAGUUUUGUGGUGGAUUGUAAAGGUUUAAGUGGUGGUCUGGCUUUCUUAUGGAAGGAGGAUGUGGAUGCAGUUCUGGUGUCUUACUCUAGGCAACAUAUUUCCUUGGAAGUAAAGGAUUUAAUAAAAGGAAAGACAUGGUUCUUAACUGGCUUUUAUGGAAAUCCUAUUACUGCUAACAGGAAAGGUAGUUGGCAUUUGCUUAGGAAGUUGAAACCAGAAAAUGGUGUGGGUUGGCUUUGUGUUGGGGAUUUUAAUGAAAUUCUCAGCACUAAUGAAAAAGUUGGAGGGCCUCUUAGACCCUAUGGUCAGAUGGAAUGCUUUCGUGAGGCACUGGAGGAUUGUGAUCUUAGUGAUAUGGGGUAUGUGGGGAACAAGUUUACAUGGUCUAACAAUCGUGGUGGGACUGAAUUCACUAAAGAAAGGCUAGACAGAGCCUUCUGCAACCCUCAAUGGGCUAUCAUUGUCCUAUUUUCAUCACCAAUAGAAAUCAUCAACAAGGUGCAGGAAGACAUACCAAAAUUUUCAGAUAUGAGGAGGAAAGUCAAUAAGAUCUGCAAGCUUAUUGAUGACAGAGAUCAGGAAGUUACCAAUGCAUCUGCAAUCUGCCAGCAGUUUCAAGCUUUUUUCCAGGAGCUUUUCACCACUGCUAACCCUCAGAACAUUGAUGGGUGUUUGGCAGCCACCAUCCCCACGGUCACAAAUGAAAUGAACCAAGCUUUGUUGAGGCCCUACUGUGCUCUGGAGGUUAAAGAAGCUUUGUUUCAAAUGGAUGGCUUGAGCUCACCUGGACCUGAUGGCUUUCCAGCAGCCUUUUAUCAACAAAACUGGGAUGUGGUGGGGAGCCAGGUCAGUGAAUCAGUUUUAUAUGUGCUUAAUUCGAAAGGCAACUUGGAUGAUAUUAAUAAUACCUUCAUUACUUUAAUUCCAAAGAAGAAAAACUGUACAAAAGUUUCUGAUUUUAGGCCAAUUUCUCUUUGUAAUGUUUUAUAUAAGAUAAUCUCCAAAACCAUAGCAAACAUGCUUAAGAAAAUCCUGCCUAGUAUCAUUUCUCAGAACCAAUCAGCUUUCAUUCCUGGUAGACUUCUCUCUGAUAAUGUAAUAGUUGCUUUUGAGACUUUGCAUUCUAUGCAUUGUAAAAUGGCAAGUAGGGAAGGGUAUAUGGCAAUGAAACUUGACAUGAGCAAAGCAUAUGAUAGGGUUGAGUGGUCUUUUCUAAGAGCUGCUUUAUGUAAAAUGGGGUUUGAUUUUGCUUGGGUAGAGUUGGUGAUGAGAUGUGUGGAAUCAGUGUCCUACUCCAUUUUAGUUAAUGGUAUCCCCCAAAGUGUUUUUAGUCCUUCAAGGGGCAUUAGACGAGGUGAUCCUUUAUCACCUUAUCUCUUCAUAAUGUGUGCUGAAGCUUUGGGUUCUAUGAUCAGCAAAGGAGUCGAAGAGGGAGUCAUCUCUGGAGUGCCUUUUGCAAGGGGCAGAAUAAGAAUUUCCCACCUGUUUUUUGCUGAUGACAGUUUGUUAUUUUGCAAAGCAAAUGCUAUGGAAUGGGGUAAGCUGCACAAUAUUCUGAAGAUUUAUGAGGAUGCCUCAGGUCAAAGGUUGAAUCUUGAAAAAACUUCAAUACAAUUCAGUAGAAACACUGCUAAGGCAACUCAAGAUUUCAUCCUUAGCAUUGCAGGUGUGAGGUCCUCUAUGGCUUAUGAGAAGUAUCUUGGUCUGCCAACUAUUGUUGGCAAAGCAAGAGAGAAAUCUUUUAGAGAUAUUCUGGAUCGAGUCAGAAUGAGGGUAAGCAACCAAAGGGUUAAAUUCUUGUCUCAAGCAGGAAAGGAUAUUUUCAUCAAGGCUAUUGUGCAAGCUCUCCCAACUUAUAGCAUGUCUGUUUUUAUGCUACCUGCAAAACUUCUUCGAAAUUUAAACAGCAUUAUGCACAACUUUUGGUGGGGACAGCAUGAGGCAAUAAGAAAGAUCCAUUGGGUGGCUUGGAGCAAGAUGGGAAGAUCUAAGGCUGAUGGAGGUUUGGGUUUUCGAGACUUGGAAGGCUUUAACCUUGCACUACUAGCAAAACAAGGCUGGAGAGUGAUUCAUACUCCUUUCUCUCUAGUUUCUCAGGUUCUAAAAGCCAAGUACUUCCAAGAGACUUCCUUUAUGAAUGCAAAGUUGGGUCAAAAACCAUCAUAUAUAUGGAGGAGUAUGCUGAAAGCAAGAAACCUGAUUGAUGCAGGCUCUUAUUGGAGAAUUGGCUCUGGUGAUAAGGUUAGAAUUUGGGGAGACAAAUGGUUACCUAAGACCUUUCCAUCUGCAGUUAAAAGCCCUAUAUCCCAUCUUGAUGGCAAUGCUAAAGUUCAAGAGCUGUUGAAGCCAGGGGAAAAGGAAUGGAAUAUGGAGUUAGUGGAGCACCUUUUUUGCAAAGAAGAGGCAGAUAUCAUUGUUCAAAUUCCAUUAAGCACUUCCAAUAGGCCUGACCAACUGAUAUGGAAAGGAACCUCUACAGGUUUCUUCACAGUAAAAAGCGCAUACCAUCUGCACCAGGAGUUGAUCCAAGAUACUAAAGGGCAACCAUCGAGCAGUCAUAAUUCAAAGGAGGUCUGGAAAACUCUUUGGCAGCUACAAGUUACACCAGGAGAGAAAGUUUUUCUAUGGAGAGCUUGUCAUAAUGCACUUCCAACUCAAUCAAAUCUUUUUAAAAGGAAGAUUGUAGCAAAUCCAAAGUGUCCAAUUUGCGAGCUAGAGGAAGAGACAGUUGCACAUGCUUUAUGGGAGUGUGAGUCAGCAAGAGAUGUUUGGAGCCAAUGUACUAAGAGCAUUCAGAAAAGGCAUUUCUCUCAUAUGGAUUUUUUGGAGAUUUUCGAGGCUAUGGCAGAAGGAAUGACUUUUGAGUGCAUGCAGGAAUUUGUUAUGGUUGCUAAGCAGGUUUGGUGGAGGAGAAAUGAUUUUAUUUUUAAUCAAAGAUUUAGACACCCUAAUCAAGUUACCAUGGUUGCAAAUGAAAACAUUAGAAUGAUGAAGGACUUGGAAAUGCAGAAAAAUGAGUCAUCAACUUCUAUUAACAGCAAUUCAGUUAUUUGGCAACCACCUCCUUUUCUUUUUUACAAGUUUAAUUGGGAUGCAGCUGUGGACAAAAUCCGAGCUAAAGUUGGUAUUGGCAUAGUAGUUAGAGAUUGUGAAGGAAGAAUAAUAGCAAUUAUGAGAAGAAAACAAAGCCUCCUUCCCCUCCCUGCUCUGGCUGAAGCUUUUGGGGCUCUCAUAGCAGUGAAUUUUGCACUGGAUCUCGGUUUAACAAAGACUAUCUUCGAAGGAGAUUCUCUUCAAACAGUCCAAGCUUUGAAGCAAGAGGAAGAUCAAUUGUCCAGCUUUGGCAUGUACGUCUCUGAAGCUAAGAUGAAACUUAGUAAUUUCGAAUCUUGGAAUGUUACUCAUAUCAAAAGAAGUGGAAAUGUGAUGGCUCAUGUUUUGGCACAAGAUGCUUUAGUCAUUUCUGAUGUAAUUGUUACUAUGGAGGAUAUUCCUCUAUGUAUUUCAGAUCUGAUUUAA